GGCAGUGAAGGCAGCACAAGUAUUUCAUCUUUCUUUACAUCCUCUUUCAUUUCGACACUACGUUUCAUUGUUACAUUAUGUUCUCUUUAUUUUGUAUUGUUUUAUUACAUUAUUGCUGUAUAUGCGGAGAAGAAUUGACCAUCUUUAAACAUCACCACUGAAGAUACAGACAUCCAGAUGCCAACAGUGAAAUUAAGUCCUGUAAGCCUACUGGGGAUCGGAGAGCCAGCCAAUUCAAUACAGUACUGGAGAUCUGAGAGCCAGCCAAUUCAAUACAGUACUGGAGAUCUGAGAGCCAGCCAAUUCAAUACAGUACUGGAGAUCUGAGAGCCAGCCAAUUCAAUACAGUACUGGAGAUCUGAGAGCCAGCCAAUUCAAUACAGUACUGGAGAUCUGAGAGCCAGCCAAUUCAAUACAGUACUGGAGAUCUGACAGCCAGCCAAUUCAAUACAGUACUGGAGACCUGAGAGCCAGCCAAUUCAAUACAGUACUGGAGAUCUGAGAGCCAGCCAAUUCAAUACAGUACUGGAGAUCUGAGAGCCAGCCAAUUCAAUACAGUACUGGAGAUCUGAGAGCCAGCCAAUUCAAUACAGUUCUGGAGAUCUGAGAGCCAGCCAAUUCAAUACAGUACUGAGACUCAAGCCUGCACAUUCAAUGCAGUUUGGUUACAUGGUAAUGGUAUUCUGAGUCAGCCCAUUCAAUGCAGUGCGGCAGCACAGUACAGAGUAACGCAAUAGGCUACUCCAACGCAUUUGAGUAUUGAGAACUUUGCACAGGUAGCCUGCUGUACCUGGGACCUAACACCCAACUAACUCAAUACAGUACGUGAAUACAAGAGAGUACUGGGGAUCUUGUACGAGUGACAGUGCAUUCAAAAAAAGAGAAGUUAGGAAAUGGGAACUGUAUCAGAUAACGAAACGAGUAAAGAAGCUGCUUCAAGGCGGGGCGAGUGAAGGUAAUCUCGUUGUGCGCACCUGGGACCGCACACACAGACCUGCCGCAUUCGAGUUGAGCCGGCGGGCAUUGGGCUGAACUCGGUCGCUCGCUAUUCUAACACAGGAUGGAAUGUCUCCGGGCUCCGAUUCUAAUAAGCACGCUGCUGCUGACGUUCGGAUUAUCGCUGGUUCUUAGUAACGGGGUUUGGUCAGGACACUUGGUCAAGACGCACGCCGAGCAUAACUUACCUACAGUUACCUGCGCCCAGGGUUUGAGCUGCAGUGUGGAAGUGCUCUCGAAGCUCUCCUCCCCCAGCAGUGUGCUGUCCCCCCCCAGCAGUGUGCUGCUCCCCACCCUCAUGGACUCUGAGACCCUGCUGUGCUGCCAGAGAGAGGGGGACUGCCAGCCCUGCCUGCGGGUUCGGAUCAGCAUGUCCGUCACAGGUCCUCCGGGCGCAGAGGGGGAGGGAUCAGGCGGGGCGGGGCUGGGUGACUCCUUCUCGGAUGAGUCUGACCUAGAGCAGGACGAGGAAGUGGAGGGGGAGGAGGGGGACAGUGAAUUGAAGAGGGGCAGCACGCACCCAGAGCCCUCUCAGACUGCUCCCCUCAGGGCCACAGUGAUGGUGUGUGUGGUCACUCCACCCAGUACUGGACAAUGGCUGAGAGUCACCCUGACCAGCAACUCCACUGCGCCGGGGCCUGUGGGCACUGUUCAGCUGGACUCUGUCCCAGUGCCAGUGGGCAGUGAGGUGCAACUGAGAGCUCUCUCUCAGUACCAGGGCAGAUCUUUGGAGCUGAUACACAGUGUGCCAAGCUGUUCACAUCGUGACCUGCAGAGGACAGUAAAGCGCUGUGCUGUCCCCACAAUGAACACCACCAUAGACUGGGAGAGGGGCGUGGCCACGCUGCGAUUGGACGGGACUGAUCGAAGCCACACCCAUGUGAUGGUGUGCCUGAUGCAAAGAAUAGGGGAGCGGUGCCAAGCAAGCUGGACACAGAACCACACUCAGGUGCGGCACAUCCCUUUCAGAGACAUCACCCCCUGUCUGUGCUUCCAGUACUACUGGUGGGGGAUUCGUGAUGCUGUGCGCAAACAGAGCUGCCCCUUUUCAAACCUCACAGAGUUCCAGGAGAAUGUGUGGCGCAAUCUCUCUCUGACGGUUAACAGCACGGCGACCCUCCUGCAUGGAACGGCGCUGUCCUGGCUCUUCACUGCCCCCUGCAGAGUGGAGGCUGAAGUGUGGCUGUGCUGGUGGUCCGGCGGGAGGGGCUCCGAGUGCCGUGAGAUCCAGGGCUCCAGGAAGCGACUCGAGAAACAGGGAGAAUUCCUCAAUGUGGAUCCUCACCCUUCCCUCUGUGUGCAGGCGCAGGUGCCGGGCAUGGGGCAGCCCUUAGACCCUCAGUGCCCCUUCACUGCAUCUCAUCCCCAAUGGUCUGUCAACCCGUCUCUGAGAGGACAGACAUUGACCGUCAAGCUGUCCCACAACAGCGUCCCUGUGUCCCUGUGCAAGAGGACAGGUCCAAACUGUACACUUGUCAACACCAGCCAGACUGGCUCUUGGCAGCUGCAGCUUCAUGACCCGGGUUCGAGUGACUGUCUGGAGGCCUGGAGGACGGAUGUUAGUUUCUCCCCCCGAGUCCUGGUCUGUCCAGCGGACCUGGCCCACAGGUGGCGCUGGACCCUGCCUCUGCUGCUGUGCCUGGUCCUCCUGUCUCUGGGAGUGCUGACUGCUGUACUGCUGAGAAGAGCCUUUAAGAACUGGAUCCAAAGAGUGUGCAAGGGAAGAGCCAGCCUGAAAGGCACGCUGGGCGGUGGUCAUGUCCUGCUGCUCUACCCCUCGGAGGAGUCGGUCUCCCUGCCUGUGCUGGUGUCCAGCCUGGGCUCCUCUCUGGCUGAGCUGGGCUUCUCCGUGUCGCUGGACCUGUGGAGCCGCACCCAGCUCUGCUCCCUGGGCCCGGUCCCCUGGCUGCACUCCAGGCUGGCCCAGCUGCAGCAGGACGGGGGCAAGGCGGUUCUGAUUCUGACCCAGGGAGCAUGGGAGCAGGCCGAACGCUGGGUCCAGCACCCGGGCAGCAGGACCCGGCAGAUACAGAACUCCUCGGAACUUCGCCUGGACGUGUUCAGCGCCUCCCUCAGCUGCAUUCUCGCCGACUUCCUCCAGGGCCGCGCCGGCGAGCGCUUCGUCCUGGCCCAGUUUGAGACCCCCCUGCUCCCCGUCUUGAAGCAUGAAGGGCUCCCCGAGAUAUUCAAGGGGAUCCCCCUCUACAGCCUGCCCACUCAGAGUCUGGCCUUCCUCACCGAGCUCUCCGCAGUGCCCCGGAACAGUGGCACCAGCAGGGGGCGCCGAGCUGACAGCCUGAGGGCUGCGUCCAAAGAGUUCACGGGCAGGCUGGCCCGGAGGUUAAAGGAGGUCCAGCGCGGGGCCCAGCAGGAGUCGGGAGACUGGGUGAACUGGGAGGAGGAGUGCAGGCAAUCCCGGUACAGCACUGAUUCGGGAGUCGGGGGGACGGAGGACAUGUGGGAGAGUGUGCCGCUCCAACCCAACAAAGCCAGACCACAGGGCAGGGAGACCAGCCUGGCUCACUGGGUGUGAGGGGGUGCUGGAGGACAGGAGAACAUUUACGAACGAGAGGGGGCGUUCGGCACAUCAGUGCUCACCUGGUUCCAAGAUUGAUCUCAAAACUCUGUCAAGUCGGGUCUUAAAGGAUCCCAGUGAUUCAGCCUCAACAACAUGACUUGGUAGCCCACUGGAUCCCCCGACCCCUCUCUGUGUGAAGAGGUGUCUCCUUCCUUCUGUCCCUAGUCUCCAAUUCAUUUCCAACUGUGUGUCCUCUGGUCCUGGUUUUUGUGCUCUUAUAAACACUCUUUUAAGACAUUACAAACUGUUGCCUAACAAUGGGUUUGCAUAGGACAUGUAAUAAUAAGCACACAUAGGAAAAGCACAGAGGUAGCACAGUGUAGCUAUGCGUGAGACAAGCAUGAGACACUGCAACAUAAUUCAGAUGGCGUGUGACUGGGCUGUAUCUGAUAUGAUGGGAAUGGGACUGUUCUGCACCAAAGCUGUGGUUUUUUUUCUGUUUUCAAUGUGCUUGUAUAAAUAUGUAAAUAAAAGUAAAUAUCCAAACGUGA